CGGAUGUGCAGCAACGGGUGGUGUAAUUCCUGUACCGAACACAUACUCGCUUUGUUUCUCAAAUUUUCAUCAUGCACUUGUUUCUGCCGCUAGUUUGGAGCAGAAAUCUUAUUUAUACUCUUCGUUGCAAUCCACUUGGAAUAUCUUUUCUCUCGCUUCUUCUGCUCACCCAUCUUCUUUCUGUUCAGUUCCAGACUUGUUUUGCAUCUUCGUGUCCGUCGUCGUCUCCCUCGUCCUCUUUUUCCUUUUUUUCUCCUGCUUUUGCUUCCUGUCUCCGGCCCAGAGCAACCUCCUGCCAACCGCCGCCAGUUCCCUCUCGCUUUCCUCGUCCCAUCUAUAAUUUUUCUGCAUUAAACCAUGCCUGCUCACCCAAUUGCUUCUCAGACUCAAGCUCCCCUUCAGCAUCCAGCCAUGAAUCUUCCUGUCAACAUCAGCUCCUCUUCUUUUCCUCCUAAGGACAGUGCCCUCUCUGCUGCUGCUGCUGCUCCCUCCUCCGGCUACUCUGCCUUUUACCAAAACUACCACUCCUACGCUCCCCCAGCUUCAGCUCUAAGUACUGUCAAUGCAGGUCUGGGUGAUCCUAAAUCUUCAGCUGCUCUAACAGCAAAUAGCAGCCCAACUGAAAAUAUCGUCAACACCACUAUCAAUCUGUCCAAUGACCCUGCUGUGUUGCAGCAAAAGGGCUACUACACUAACUACAACCAACAAUACAACACCCAGUACUACUCUUCCACUGCUUGUCCCUACCAGUCUCAGUCUCAGUCCCAGCUCCAGCCCCAACCUCAACAAUUCCAGCAAAAGCCUUUAUCAACGGCUGAAACCUCCUCUCAAUUGACUCAACAAGAUUCUGGUCAAUUGCAGCCCCCUCCAUCUCAAAAUUACCAAAACCAUUCACAACCACUAUCCCAGCCGCAACCACAACCACAGUCACAAUUCCAACCCUCCAAUCCCCAGCCUUUAAACUCUUCAAACCAGUCAAUCAGCAACAGUAAUAACAACAGUUACCCUCAAAGAACAUCAUCCACCCAAUCUUCAAAUCCAAUUUUCGUUGGUUCUCAAACCAAUUCGCCUACCUCUAUUGUCGGUAAUGCCAAUACCAAUGCCACUGCCAUUGCCACUGCCACUACCACUGCCACUACCACUGUUUCUCCUCAUUCAAAAUUAUCAAAUACUGUUCAAAAUCAAAAUGAUGUUCAAAAUCAAAAUCAAAAUCAAAAUCAAUCUAAAAAAAAUAAAAUUAAACUGAUCAAGAAAAACACUACAAACGGUAGCAAUAGUAAAACACCAAAUGAUAACCCCAAUUCUGAGACUUCAUUCGACUCUGCUCCUUACAAUUUCUAUAAUAAUGCAUACAAUCCUUCUUAUGAUGCAAAUGGCCAGUUGGUUCCUGUGGGAAACAAUCCCCCUCCACCUCCUGAUUAUCGAUACCCUUAUUUCUACUCUCUACCUGGCGUCUCCUUUCCUACUGGCAUACCUCCACCUCCUGCAAAUGGUUUAUCAGCUACCACUGGCCAAAUUCAACCUGCUGGCAUAAGACCAAGAGUGACAACCACAAUGUGGGAAGAUGAAAAGACUCUUUGCUAUCAGGUCGAUGCUAAUGGCGUAUCUGUUGUGAGAAGAGCUGACACUAACAUGAUAAAUGGUACAAAAUUAUUAAAUGUGGCGCAAAUGACUAGAGGAAGAAGAGAUGGAAUUUUAAAAUCUGAAAAAAUUAGACAUGUUGUGAAAAUCGGCUCAAUGCACUUGAAAGGUGUUUGGAUUCCCUUUGAGAGAGCUUUGGCAAUGGCCCAAAGAGAAGGGAUUAUUGACUUAUUAUACCCAUUAUUUGUUCGAGAUAUUAAAAAAAUUGUUCAGGGCUCGGCAACUGAUGGUCCAGGCUCUUACUAUCCAAUUGCAUACGCUGCUCCUCCUCUAAUGAAUAGCCCACUCGCCCCUUUACCACCAAUGAUGAACGCUAGUAAUAAUUCUUCGAAUAACAAUAACAAUAACAACAAUAAAAAUAACUUGGAUAAUAUCACUGGAGAAAGAAAAAAUCUAAUUGAAAACAAAAGUACAAACUCCAACUCUCCUCGAGUAAAUUCUACAGAACCCGAAUCUGCUGAAAGCCCAGAAUGCACCAUUACAAGUCAAGCUCACGAACCCUUCCCACCAGGCUAUCAAACAGGGCUUCCAGGACUCCCAUUACCAGCACCAUCACUGGCAGCACCUCCACCGCCUCAUCAACAAUUUCAUCCCUUUUACACUCUGCACUAUCCGUACUAUGGAGGAUAUCCACCAUACGGUUACUACCAACCUCCUCCUCCUCCACCUGCACAAUCAUAUGGAAAUAGCUAUUACAACACUUAUAAUUCUACAAAUAAUUUCAGUGAUGUGAGUCGAGAUCCCAACUCUGAUUUAAGAUCUAAUUCAAAUACUAUUCUUGAAAAUUCCAGUAACUCUAGUCCAAAUAGUAACCUUAACCAAUCGUCCGUUUCCAGUAAUAACUCAUAUGAUCCCUACACUCAUAAGAAGUUGGAUUCCAAGUAAAAUAUAAAUAUUGAAUUUUUUUUUCACUAAAAUGCUUAAGAAUAUUUAAAUAAUGAUUAAUUAAGGCUUAAGUAAUGCUUAAAUAAUGAUUAGUUAAAUGCGUUGGAUAAUUCUAAAUAUUUUUUUUUCCCAAACUAGUCAUUGGUAUGAGAAAAUUAUCAAAAC